UGCCAGUUGGAGCGCAUGCAAAGGGAGCGAGCACCGGUCACUCCCCACCGCCAAUGGCCUGCUCGCCCCAACCGGCUGCUCUGGGACUGCCUGUCAAGCCAAGCUCCUCGCGUCUACCGGCUCCCUUAUCACUAUAUCCUCUCUACUCUACCUUUCUGAAGAAACAGCCUGGCGUUACGUCAGACCCGGGCAAAAACCGCAGGGCAAGCAAGUCGGAGUCUAAGGAGCUAGGCAUUGCUGCCAAACCCGAGUUAAGGCUGCUCACUCACAGCACAGCGUUCAAUGUUAUUAAAAAGGAACACUUUUAAACCGCGGCAGCAUGUGGUAAGUCAAUCUUUCCCUAAUUCGUUUUUGCAGCGGUUGGGAUUUUUUUUUUAACCGUUCUUACUCACAUGACACUUUGACCAGUUGUCUCUAGCUGGCAUAAUUGCGCAAAACCUGCGGUAACACCGCGUGUUGGAGAUUGUUGAAAAGUAGACUAACAAACGUUCAGCCACUUUGAAACCUACAUGACAUGAUGAUGAGGCACCCAAGCUUUUCAACAACCACUUGCAGAGAUUUUUUUCUUCAUUUUUAAAAUUUGAUUCUUGAUCAUUUCAAAAACAAACAUGCCUCACGCUCGAAAUAGGAACCCUAGCCCCAUCCCUGAGGUAACAUGGGAUACGGGAUUGAAGGAGAUGAACGAAACUUGGAAGGGAGCUAUUGCCUGUCUCGGGGUGGCAGUCUUUUUCGUCAUGACCAUUGGGAUCAUAUACUGGCAAGUGGUGGAUCAGCCUAACAAGAACUGGAUCCUAAAGGGGAGUUAUAGCGGGCUUAUCUGGGAGAGACGGACUCACUCUCUGGUCAUACAGACACUGACAGAAGACAAGACCUACGUGGAGAUUGACGUGGGCAACGUGGGGAACCCCGAUAUUGAAGUGCCGUUUGUCAGGAACCUGUGCUGGCUCAAUAAGACGGAGUUCUGCUACACAUGGGAUUCCGUGGCGGACGUUAAAAUCUCUUUGGAGGUGAAUGAGGCGACGGAGACGGAGUGUUAUAGCAUGACAUGGUCGCCGGUGCACUGUCAUGUGGAGCUGAAGGACUGCUUCUCCAUGGCUAACAUGUCGUGGUACGGUGGCGCCAGCGUCCAGAACCAGAGCUGGCCAAUCAACGAGCAGAAUGUCACCAUGCAGCCGUUCACUGUUAGCAACCUCAGGGACAACCCGUCUGGCUUUGGCUCAGUCCUCGAACGCUACUUCCUGGGCUCGUCAGGUGUAGCAGUGCUGGUGUCCCCAGAUGUUCCUCUUCAGGUGGGAAUGGAGAGCCGACAGCAUUUUUGCCUGCAGACUCCCUCCAGCCUGGAGCGCACCCCGCUUCAGUACACUGUGUGUGUGGGCCACAACAUCAGGGCUGUACACCAGGAGGCGCUGCAGCAGCUCUCAUCGCCCAGCAGGGAGCUGCCCAACAUGGACGUCUUAUGGUUGCCUUUCUGGAAGCUUCUGGCCAGUGUGGACUCAGGGCCAAAGGUAGAGAGGGAGUUGAGGACCUUCUCCAACCGUCUGAGGAGACACCAGCUGGGAGAGGGGGCCAUCAGCCUCAACGAACAUUCCACCGCCCUCCUCGCCGACAUGGACCAAGACUACCUCACCAGCAGGAAAAGGGGGACAUCCAAGAGACAGACCAGGGACUUCAGGGACCUCUCACUGAUCAAGCUUCUAAACAUUUCCAUCACCCUGUCCCCGUUCCUGAGCGUGGACACCACCCAGUUCCACAAGUCCCUGCUGGACGGCACUGAGGCCUAUUGGCUCAGCCUCCCCGUAGCCCCACAGGGGCGACUGGUGCCUGUGCUGACCCAGUGGCGAGGGCAGUUCUGCGUGAAACUGAACAUCAGCAACCCAGAGGCGGUCAGCUGGUUCCUGGACCGGGUGGGCUUACUGCAGGCUCGUCUGGGCAUGGAGUCCAUCCAUCUGGAGGGGGCAGAGGGGAACCCGCUGGACCUAGGCGGGGGAGACCAGUAUAUUGGCCAACUGGCAGAUGUGGCAGCCAGGAUAGAAGAGUCGGCUAUCAUGAAUGCAGGGACUAGGUCGAGCCACAAGCCUGUGUUUGUGCGGAUGCCUCCUUUGCAGUCUGACUGGAGCUCCUCUGGACUGAAGGGCCUCAUUCCCUCCUUGCUGCACCACACUCUGCUGGGGUACAACUUACUCAUUCCCGACGCAGUAGGUGGUUCUCUAUCUGGGGACCUGGUGACUGACGAGGAACUGUUCAUCAGGUGGCUGCAGAUUGUAGCCUUCCUCCCCGUCAUCAGCUUUGAGACUCCUCCCUGGGUCUGUGGGGAAGACCGGGUGCUGAACUUGACACGGGCUCUCAUCGCGUUGCACCAGGACUUUGUGGUUCCACUGGUGACGAGGUAUGCAGAGGACUGGAUGACCUCGGGGAGCCCAAUUUACCGGCCCCUGUGGUGGCUCAGCCCUGAUGACCCCGCGACCUUCACCAUUGAUGACCAGUUCCUCAUCGGAGACGAGGUCCUUGUUGCCCCGGUAAUAGAGAGGGGGACAGUACGGAGAAAUAUUUACCUGCCCGACGGGGGCUUUCAGUGGCAGGACAGCCGCAACGCCCAGGUGUUCGACGGGGGAACUCUCUUGGAGGACUACCCUGUCGCCCUCGAGGAGGUUGCCAUUUUCUUACGGAGGAGAUCUUGAGGCUCAAGUCACGUGAUUUAUACGUGACCUAUCCCGGAUACUAGUUUGGAAUCUUUUAUUUUAUGUUUUACUCGUGCUGUUCUCAAGUUGCACUUUUCCACAAAGACAAUUGACAGAGGCUCAAGACCUCUUCUUGAGAUUAGAUGUGAAUAUUUUUAUACUUGCACUUUACAAUUCAGAACGAUUUGUAUUUUAUUGACGUCGUUUUCUUCUCUCUUCUUCCUUUUUUAAACUUUAAUCUGCUGUACCUCUCGGCUGAUUGUUUCAGGACUUCUUUUUUGUUUCUUCUAAUCAUUGCUGUUCUUGCUUUUUUCUAUCUAAAGAAAGAAACCUAUGUGUUUACAUAUGAUUCAUUUCUAACGUUUAACUGCUGCCGGUUCUCAUGGAGACAUGGAGUACCAACGCAUGCCCCUCGUUCGCUUAAAAAGAAAAGAUAUGAAUUUCUAAAGAAGACCAAACGAAGGAAAAGAAACAGAAGAAUAUGGUUUCUGCUAACGGAGAGCCUGGAAGGAAUGAAUGAGAUGUUUGCUUAAUAUGAAAGAGGCUGAAGCAGCUUGGUAUGUCUCUUUCAUUCUUUGGAACAGCUUUUACUUGACCUAGGCUUAGAGCUGAUGUAUGAUGAAUGUACCUCAACUUCAGUUUUUUUCAUUGCUUUACUACCCUAACAAGUCUGUCAAUCAACACUUACACACUUCAAGACUUCGAGACACCCCUUCCUUUAAAGCACUUAUUUUUUCAACUCAUGCUCAAACAAUAUGCAGAAUAUAAUGCUAAUAUUCUUUAUUGUACUUUACAACCUUAACAUACACUACUUGACCAAAAGUAUGUGGACACCUGCAGGUCAAACAUCUCAUUCCAAAAUCAUGGGCAUUAAUAUGGAGUUGGUCCCCCCUUUGCUGCUAUAACAGCCUCCACUCUUCUGAGAAGGCUUUCCACUAGAUGUUGGAACAUUGCUGCGGGGAGUUGCUCCCAUCCAACCACAAGACCAUUAGUGAGGUCGGGCACUGAUGUUGGGUGAUUAGGGCUGGCUUGCAGUCAGCGUUACAAUUCAUCCCAAAGGUGUUCGAUGGGGUUGAGGUCAGGGAACUGUACAGGCCAGUCAAGUUCUUCCACACCAAUCUCAACGAACCAUAUCUGUAUUGGGUCUCGCUUUGUGCACGGGGGCAUUGUCAUGCUGAAAUAGGAAAGGGCCUUCCCCAACCUAUUGUUGGAAGCUCAGAAUUGUCAAGAAUGUCAUUGUAUGCUGUAUCAUUAUCAUUUCCUUUCAAAAACAGCCCCAGACCAUUACUCCUCCUCCACCAAACUUUACAGUUGGCACUAUGUAUUGAGGCAGGUACCGUUCUCCUGGCAUCCGCCAAACGUCCAUCGGACUGCCAGAUGGUGAUGCGUAAUUCAUCACUCUAGAGAACCCGUUUCCACUGCUCCAGAGUCCAUUGGUGGCGAGCCUUACACCACUCCAACUGAUGCUUGGCAUUGCGCAUGGGGAUCUUAGGCUUGUGUGCUGCUAUUUGGCCAUGGAAACCCAUUUCGUGAAGCUCCCGACAAACACUUCCUGUGCUGACGUUGCUUCCAGAGGCAGUUUGGAACUUGUUAGUGAGUGUUGCAACUGAGGACAGACAUUUUUGUACGCUCUUCAGCACUCAGUGGUCCCGUUCUGUGGCUGUCUGCUGAAUUUUUUUACACUUGUCAGCAACGGGUGUGGCUGAAAUUGCUGAAUCUACUAAUUUGAAUGGGUGUCCACAUACUUUCGUAUACAUAGUGUAGCUUUUCAAGCUCUAUUCUGGUAUAAGCAACCCAUUUGAGUGCCUUUUUUAUACAUGAACUUGAACCUAAACCACUGUCCCAGCAAGAGCAUGCACCAUACGCAACAGAUGUUGCUUAUAGCAGCUGAGCCUCCUACUCAAUAUGCUGUCUGUCUUAAAAUGUUUUAAUCGUAUGGUCAUGUUUUACUGGCACUGCUGCUGUGUUGGUGUGCUCUUUCGUGGUAGCCAGAGGAAGCUCUAAAGAAAGACGCCGGGCUCUAAAGGUGUAUAAAGGAGAUUCAAAUAAGACAGGGAUGUUCUGGGUCUAUUAUAACCCCGCCCCCAAAAUAAUAAAGAUCUAUGUACUGUUUGCGCUGUCAUAGCAACCGUUGCAGCACAGUUCAGAUGCAGAUUAGAAUGACUAUUGUCAAAGAAUGCAAGCCCCUCCCCCAAUUGUAUACAGGGUGGAUCGCCAUUGAGACCAGGAUCUCAUUUGCAAGGGAGCCCGGUGAACAGGAACAUGCAAUAAAUAAUAUCAAUACAGUAAAUACAAUAAGAGUCAUCAAAACAAACAACUCACAUAUCACCUCCCCUUAAACUCAAUCUAAACUGUCCAAUUCAGACAAGCGAGUCUAAUUUCAAGGUGGCCUGAAGGUUAUUCCAUGACCUGCGGGGAAUAGAAACAUAAAAACGAAAGGCAUUUUUACCCAGGUCAGUGGAGACCCGCGGGACCUCUAGAACCAGCCAGUCCAGAGAGUGCGUCUGAAAAAAGCUGGAUCUCCAGUUAAUACGGGAGCUGAGUUAGAAGAACCGCUUUAUAUAUACAAAAAAGUAGCCACCGCUGGGCCCUUCUGGUAGUCAGAGGCUCCCAGUCAACAGAGCUAUAGAUAAUGCAGUGGUGUGGAAAAAAAACAUUGAUAAAGCGCAGUGCUAAAUGAUAGACUGAUUCGAAAGGGUUUAAAGCAAAGGCUGCGCAUGCAUGUAGAUUAUAACGCCAUUAUCAAGUACUGGGAGAAGCGUGGCUUGAACAAUCUUCCUUCUACUUUCCCAAAGUGAGGAAGGAUUUAUUUCUAUAAGAGAAAGCAAUCUACGUUGUUUUUUUCAACGUGUGCUUUAAACGAGAGCUUAUUAUCGUCAAUCCAAACCCCCAAGUAUUUUUAAAGGGGGAACUUUGGGCUCCAUUCAAUGAGCAAAUAUGCAAGUCCUCAGGGUCAAUAUUAAGAGACCUAGAGAGCAACAUACGUGUGUUUUUUAUUAGCAUUUAGCAUUCAUUUAAGAUCACUAAGUGAUUUUUGAAUUGAGUCAACAACCAGGAUGAAUGUCAUGAAUGGCCUGCUGUAAUGAAGGCACACAGAAGUAAAUAAACUAUAAUCCACGUAGAGAUGAAUGUUACAGGUCUUAACAGAUAGACCAAUAUUAUUUACAUAAAUAGUUGACAACAGGGCCCAAAAUCGCCCUCUGGGGCAUACCUUCGUAAUAUUGAGAAAACUAGAUUUGAUACCGUCAGUAAGCACACAUUGUGUCCUGUCCGUUAGAUAGUUCCUGAACCAAUUGCGAGAUGCCUGAUUUCAGACAAACUUUGAACAAGUAAAAACAUAUCAAAUGUUUUCGAUAGGUCAAUAAAUAGGUCACAUGUUUUUACGUUCGAAACAAUAUAGCACAUCAUCUAAGACAAGUGUAGCCACUGAAACAGGGCUAUGUUCGGGUCUAAAACCAGACUUAUGGUCAUCAAGAAUAGAAUGAGAAGUAAAGAAAGGUUCAAGCUGAGAGUUGGCUAGGGACUCUAAAACUUCGGCAAGGCAAGAUAGCUUGGAAAUUGGAUGGUAGUUAUCCAAGUCAGGAGGACUGUGUAGGAGGAGGACUUAUGCCGUUUUCCAGAUAACUCCAGAAGCAAUUGGCAAGUAAAAAAUAUAGGAUAAGGAUUCUGCAAUAAGUGGGGCAGAAAUCUGCAGCAGAAAGGGAUCAAGUGAGUCAGCUACAGCCAAUUUUUAUUUUUAUUUUUUUUACAUCGAUCUUCAAUAAGGAACCUAGUACAUAAUGUAGACAUCCAAUGGUUGAAAUGAGGAAUGUGUAUCUGGGAAUGUAUUGUUCUCUGCAACCUGGCUCGAGGCGGAAUCAGACUUUUCAGAAGCCAUAAAAUCAAGGGCAAAGUGGUUACUAAAAAUGUCCAUCACAAAUGUCCAUCUUAUCUGUUAUGGGAACAGAGGCUGUCAUAACAUGCUGGAGUAAUGAGGGGAUGGAGUUUUGUUUCGGAGAUUUGACUCCUUUCCAGACGGCAGCUGGAUUCUCACCAGUUCAAGAAGUAUGUCGAUUUUUGCCUUUUUAACCAGGCAUAGACAUAUUUCUCAAGCGUCUGAAGGACUGCCAGUCAGACUUAAAUUCAGCCAUCCUAGCCUUAGCCCAAGCUACAUUUAUCUCCAGAAGUAUUUCUGAUAGUUCAUGCGUGAACCAGGGAUUAGCUUUAUCCCUUACCCUUAGUUUCUUGAAUGGAGCAUGCUUAUCUGCAAUAGAGCAAAGAAGUAAAACGAUGCGAAAUGCCUAUAAUUUAUCUUGAAAUAAUGUGAGGGCGAGGUGUAGGUAGCUUUGCAUCUCUUAUGCAGACAAUGGAACAAUGGUCACUGAACUCACUAGCAAAAAUACAAUUGGCUGUAUGGGGAACUAAAAGCUAACAUUAUUACAGUAAGUAAGCGGUAGGUAACUGCACACCUGUUCACACCCUUGCACUGUCUACUUUGGGCAUAGGGCGCUGGUUGGUCCUCCCAGCUCCUCUCCUUUCCUUUCUCAAAAUAAUAUUUAAAAGAGUAGAUUUUUCAGGGUGUUCAAAGAUGGGGUGGGUUAGUUCAAUUAUCAACUGAGUUACAUUUAGCUCAAUGCAGAUAUGUUUCCGCCUAUCAGAGCUACAAUAGACUCAUAGCCAGUCGUACAAUGCCAGCAACCUACUGAAUCUUUCGCUGCCAUGACUCCAAGAUGGCACUGGGCCUGAAAUAAUCAGUUCUUUGAAAUUCCGUUUCAGCAGUUCUGAGCUUGCCUUCCUAAUGUCAUUAGAACCCACAUGGACUACCACAGCGACAACCCACGUUUUCUGGCGUAAAAAGAGUAGGAUGUAGCCCAGUAAUGUCCUGAAGCUGAGCCCCAGGAUAGCACAAGGUUUUUGUCCCGGGAACGGAGAUGUUUCACACCAUAAAGCUAGCGAUGAUAAAGGCUGGUGAGAUGGCAGCGGAGGUCCGGAGAUUUUUGUGCCUCCCUCCAGCCACAAAACCCAUUAUGGCUGACAUAGGAGCCGGUGCGUCAAGACACCCUCGACGUCCGGUGAGAAGAGGAGUGCAGCGGAUCAGAAUCUGGGACAGUACACCCUCGGGAACUUAGAGAAUCCGAGGCAGAAUCCCCCUCGGAAAGAGUCCGGAUAGGGGGCAAUGGCGCUGGAGUCUCGGGAAGCCAAGAUGGUAAAGCUGUUUGACAACUGGAUUUGGGUCGGGCUUCCCAGCACCAAAGAAAUCCCACUUGCCACAGGCCACUUCCCUCCAUUUGGCCUAUGGCGGGUGACGUACUUUACAUUUACAUUUAAGUCAUUUAACAGACGCUCUUAUCCAGAGCGACUUACAUAGACAACCUGGUGGUCCCGGGCUCCCCCAGGAACACCAUAUCGAUACAGAACUUAGUGUGGACACCCGUUCGACGUAGUGUGCUGCAGCCCAGAGCUCCUCAGCUCACUUGAUCCACCAACCUCAGCCUCCCAGUGACUUGGAUUACAGGCACAUGCCACCGCACCCGGUACUUCCAUGGUUGGGCAGCAGAAUCGUGAGAGUAUUAUCCUCGAAAUCCACCAGAAGCAACGGUCCUGCUCCAUUUCCCAGGGGAGUGGGAGGCUUCUUUGGGGAGGGGUCCCUGGAAGGCAUUGGCCAUUCAGUCAAGGAGUGUUGAGAUGGUGGUGAUACUCUCAACACAUUGAAACGACGUCCAGCCUGUGGUGUGGAGAAGGUAGGCGUGGGUACUUUCCCCUGUAGAUUGUGCAAGUUUUUAAUCUGUUUACUAAGAGUAGUCACUUCUUUCCUAUAGUCUUCUGCAAGUAAACAAUUGUUGCAUCGAAACUCCGGUCAGUCCACAUUGUCCCGGAAGAGAGCAUAGUAAAUACAGCUCCUGGAGCACAAGAAAUGCUCGCUUUUUCCCUGAACGGGAAAGCAUCCAUGGAAAGAGACAUAGGAACUAAAGAGAUAGUGAUUUCAGGCAGAGUAAUAAAAUAGACAAUAACUGAUUUUCCGGACCUAUACAGGCGGUAAAUAGACCCGGUAAAUGCACCAAAUACAACAAAAAAAAAAAAUAUUAAACGAAAUAGACUCCAGCCUGUUAAACUUAACUUUCUUCUACAAACAAUUCAGUCUCAAAUAAAUGUGUGCGCUCUCUCUCUCUUUCCAGUAACCCUAACCUUCAUGGGAUAGUUCAGGGAAAUGACAUAUUUAUAUGUGUUUCCUUGAAAGCAGUCUAGGUACAAUGAGUGACUGCAAUCCACACUGCAAUCCACACUGCAAUCCACACUGCAAUCCACACUGCAAUCCACACUGCAAUCCACACUGCAAUCCACACUGCAAUCCACACUGCAAUCCACACUGCAAUCCACACUGCAAUCCACACUGCAAUCCACACUGCAAUCCACACUGCAAUCCACACUGCAAUCCAAAUCAUCUCCUAAAUGGAUUGUGUUGCUCAAUGGUUCAGAUGAUUUUGGCAGAACAUUUGAAAUGGGGAUACUAUUUGGUCCCAAAAUGCUAAUAUGAACAAAACCAAAUUGUGGAUUGCAGUCAUUCAAAGUCAGAAUUGUAUAAAUAUCUAAAUAUGUAAUUUCCCUUUAAUGUGAUAGUUCACACAGCUACAUCUUGAUUGCUUAGAGUAGAAAUUCAAUGUUUCUGUAUUAUUCUUUCGUAAUAUGAUAGCAUAUUAGUCUAACAUAAAGGGCUGGUGGGAACCAUUCAUUGGAUCCAUGAAUUGGCAUCAGUGCCCUUAUCAAGAUAAUAUUGAGUUGAUCUCUAUGAAUUAUUAGCUACAUCCUCUCCUCAAAGCAUCUGAUUAAUUUACUGCAGUAAAGUAGAGUUUUAUGAAAAAAAUUCGCAAAUAUAUUUUUUGAAGGCUACACAGCAAUUGAAAGACGGAUCUACUGUAAAGAUGUUGAAUUAACAUUUGAGUGAGUUGUCAGAGUUACCUGCUAUACAGUUAGAUAGACAGCCAAUCUGGUUUAGAAAGCAUGUGAUUUUUAUAGAGGCUGUCCAAACAUAGAGCAAUUGUUCUCCACACAUUUACAGACCUGCUAAGUGAUUUGGUUAGUGAAUUCAUUAUUUUAUUUACUGUAACUAUACCCUCAGUUCACAGACAGAUUUUUCACCUCAUUAUAUCCAGCACCAUACCAGUGUAUGUUAAGUUUUGUAGUCAGAAAGAAAGGUUUUCAUCAAAACGUUUCCUUCGUAAGAAACCAAAAAAAACAGUCGUUGCUUAACAAAUCAAACCUCGGUACGGAUUCUCUCUGUUUUGUUUGUCAUCCUGGGACCUGAACUGCGUCAUUUAAUUACACCUUUCACUUUGACAACUGAAUUGAUUGACUUUAAUUUGACUUGUUUACUUCAUACAGAAAGAACACUCAGGUCUACUGUUUAGUAGCUAAUCAAAUCACACAAUGUCUUAGUGCCACAGCACAUUGUGGGCAUGUGUCUUAAACGUCUUAAACCCUAUUAGAGAUUCAUGUACUUAACCGUUAUGGCCCAAAUGUAGUAGAACUAACUGUUUAUGUGACAAGCUUUUCUUUUCUCCUGCUUCUGUUUUUCAGAGUAUGCUGUUUUAUGGUACUGUAGAUGGCAAUUGUUAAGAAAAGCUUGGAGACACUUUUCCCACCACACGCUGAGCAAGCGUGAUGAUAUGUACCUUGUUGUCAGCCCUCUCUUAUACAGUAGGAGGACGGACCGGGUAUUACUAUAACCACAUCAGCAAUGUACAUAUUUCAAUGACUGUGCAAUUACAUGUUUUCUUUUUCUCUUCUGUAAAUUAGAGAAAUAGAAUCGACAAAAACUGCAAUAAAGUUUACAUUUUCUUAAAGAA